AACACCGGUACUCACGGUGCGCGCCGCGGCGACGCCAAUCAUUGUUUGAGUGCACGACAAAAACAGCGGAGAAGAGUACAUGCACUUCGUCCGAUGUGUUCACUACAUCAGAAAGUUGUUUGAACAGAUAGUUCUACUCAUUGAUGAAAUACAUAGGAGAGUAAUUUAAACUGGUAUCGACCCUAUUUACUGUAGAAUCGAUUUCAAAAACGAGAAGUGGCAUCAUUAGUAUCGAUAUUUUGGGAUAGAUCCGCCCACCCCUACGGCGUCUACCUGCUUCUCUUCCCCGAUGUUACAUUUACUUCACCCAGCGAAAUGGAGUGUUAUAAACUGAAAGGUGGAGCAGCGAUGGAGAGAAUAAGACAGAAGCAUGCCCUUGCCAGAGACAAAGAUAAAUGCUGCAAAAUAAGCGACUUGCUCGCCAGAAAGGGACCAGGAUGGAGGACUCUAGUUUGUGCCUUGGCGUGUCCUCAGCGGUCCCAGACGGGGACAACCACCUGACCAGCGCUGUGCUAAAUGGACGUUAUCCAAUAAGCCAGAAGCUUCAUCAGCUGACGGCCCAGCUAGGCCACGCCUUCCCUGACCUACAGAGCCGGCAGCAGAUUCCAGAGGAGAAAGCUGCCACUCCACUGGACGAGAAGACCCAUCACGCAGCCCUGGCCAGCCAGCCAAUCAGCAGUCAGAUGGCCCUCUUGGCCAACCAGCUAAAUCGUGACAUUGAUGCGGGCGCUUUGAGUGGCCUCAACGGGAGGGUUGACCUGCAACAAUUCCUCAAUGGGCAGAACCUGGGCAUCAUGUCGCAGAUGAACGACAUCGAAGACGACGCCCGUAAGAACAGGAAGUACCCCUGCCCGCUCUGCGGCAAACGCUUCCGUUUCAACAGCAUCCUUUCAUUGCAUAUGCGCACGCACACUGGCGAGAAGCCCUUCAAGUGCCCCUACUGCGACCACAGGGCGGCCCAGAAAGGCAACUUGAAGAUCCACCUCCGCACCCACAAGCUGGGCAACCUAGGCAAAGGUCGCGGCCGUGUCCGAGAGGAGAACCGUCUGCUCCAUGAGCUGGAGGAGAGGGCCAUCCUGAGGGACAAGCAGAUGAGGGGCACCAGCAGCCUCCUCCAACCCGCCCAGCCCCUGCAGCACCUGGGCCCCAACACCCUCCAGCAGCAGCCCGGGUCAGCCUGCGGCCUCCUCACGCCCACCAGUCUGGGAACCCCAGACUCCCUCUCCCAGCCCUCGUCCUCCCCCAAGCCGGCCGGCAUCCAAGACGAGCAGGGCCUGAACCCCGCGACGGGAUUCCGCUGCACCUUCUGCAAAGGCAAGUUCAAGAAGCGCGAGGAGCUGGACCGCCACAUCCGCAUCCUCCACAAGCCCUACAAGUGCACCCUGUGCGAGUUUGCCGCCUCACAGGAAGAGGACCUCAUCAGCCACGUGGAGAAGGCUCACAUCACGGCCGAGUCGGCCCAGGGCGCGGGGGCCGGCGGCGCCGCCGGAGAGAAGCCGGCCAACGAGUUCCGCUGCGAGGUGUGCAGCCAGGUGUUCAGCCAGGCAUGGUUCCUGAAGGGCCACAUGCGUAAACACAAGGACUCCUUCGAGCACUGCUGCCAGAUCUGCGGCCGGCGCUUCAAAGAACCCUGGUUCCUCAAGAACCACAUGAAGGUCCACCUCAACAAGCUCGCCAUCAAGAACAAGCCCCCCGCGGGCUCCAACGACCAGGACUUGCCCUCCAUCAACAGCAUGAGCAGCCUCGCUCAGGAGGCUCACGCCAACCUGUACUCUCGCUACAUCUCCUGCCUGCAGGGUGGCUUCCUCUCCCCAGACAAGCAGGGCCUCAGUGAGCAGCACCAGAUGCUGGCCAAGGCCGGCAUUGCCAUGAAGGAGAAGGAAAUGCUGGGCAAGCUGCUGGGCCCCAUGGCCGGAAUGGGCCAUGGCCUCGGGGACGGAGAGAAACGCUCCCUCCUCGGCUGCCUCAACCUGGUGCCCCCUCUGAAGUCCAGCUGCAUGGAGCGCCUCCAGGCGGCAGCCAAGGUGGCUGAGAUGGACCCCCUGAAUAGCUACCAGGCCUGGCAGAUCAUGGCUCGAGGCAUGGCGAUGGACCGGGCCUUCAUGCCCAAGGAGCAGCAGCACCACAUGCCCCAUGGGAAGGAGGAUGAGCUGGUGGGGGCUGGGGGAGCUGGGAUGGCCUCCUACUCCAAGGAGAAACAUGACUACUCCAUGAUGGGCUCCAACGAGGGAUCCAAGCAGAAGCAGCACGCCGAGGCCCUGCAUGGUUCCAAGGCUGGGAGCGGAGCCAUGAUGCCCAUGAAGGAGGAAGGAGGAGGCUUUGAAAACCACCGAGACUUCCUGUCCCACCAUGGCGGAGGAGUAGGAGGGGGCAUGGGGCUGCCUCACGGCCUGGAGUACAGCAUCUCGAGCCUGAAGGACAAGCCCACCGAGUGCCCUGACUGCGGACGGGUCUUCAGAACCUACCACCAGAUGGUGGUCCACUCUCGGGUCCACAGCAAGGACCGCAGGCCCAUGGAGGAGGUGCUGCAGCAUGGUGCCACGGGCCUGGACGAGCGCCGCGGUUCUGCCAGCGACCCAGAGUCCCAGUCGAUUAGCAGGUCCACCACUCCUGGUUCCUCCAACGUGACGGAGGAGAGUGGUGCCGGAGGAGGUCACUCCCAGACAGGAAGCGUGCAGGAUGACAGUCCACACCCCUCCUCUCCAUCCUCAGAUGUGGGGGACGACCAGGGGAAGGUGGCAGGGCCCAUGCAGCAGCCCCAGUCCCAGCAUCGUGACCGGAGCCUGGGCUCGGCCAUCAAGGACUGCCCAUACUGUGGCAAGACCUUCCGCACCUCCCACCACCUCAAGGUCCACCUGAGGAUACACACAGGAGAAAAGCCGUACAGAUGCCCUCACUGCGACUAUGCCGGGACACAGUCUGCCUCUCUGAAGUACCACCUAGAACGCCAUCACCGCGAACGGCAGAAUGGUUCCGGGGGCGUGGCCUCCUCCGGUCAUGGCCCCAACUCUGAGCACAAGGAGGAUCAAGGGAAGGGCAGCGGCAGCGUCUUCGCCCGGCCUGAUGUCCUGCGCGGAGUCUUCAAGGGCAUGCCGUCCAACCUGGACUUCCGGGGCGCCCCACUCCUGCCGCAUCAGUGGGCCGCGCCAGGCAUGAUGUCACCGAGAGACCGCGAGAGAGAGCGCGAGAGAGACCGAGAAAGGGAGAGGGAUCGCGACCGCCACGACGCGUCCUCCUCUGAGAGCAUGAAAGGCGCCGACGGCCCCUCCUCCUCCAUCGCCGGCGACAGCCCUGCCAGCUUCUCCGACCUGGGUCGGGCCUACCAGAGCAUGAUGGGAAAUGGAGUCCACUUCCAGGGCUCCCUGCAGGCCUUCAUGGACAGCUUCGUGCUGAGCUCCCUGAAGAAGGACAAGGAGAGCCAACAGCAGCAGCUCCGCUCCCAGCACUACUAUAACAACGGAGAACCCAAGGCCAAGCGCCCGGACACGGGAGACGAGCGGGCCGAGGCCAAGCCCUCGGAGCGACCCAAACCCGGGUCCCAGUACGAGCCCCUGGACCUGUCGGUGUCGGUCCGGCCCGACCAGGCUUCACUCCCUGGGUCUUCUGUCACCAUCCAGGACAACGUGGCCUGGCACAGCUGUCUGUUCUGCUCCUUCUCCACAGCCUCCAUGGAGCUGAUGGCUCUCCACCUGCAGGCCAACCACCUGGCCCGGCCGCAGCGCUCCGAGUCAGGCAAGGAGCUUCACGGAGACGCCUCCAACCACCCCCUGUCCACCCCCACCCCCAAGGCCCCAACCCUGAACCCAGGCCUGCUCCACGACAGAGAGGGUGACGAGAAGAGCUGGAGAAACCACAUGGAUUCACACCCUGGUCUGGGUAGCUACCAGAGCGACUUUUACCGGCAGUAUGGAGGCAUGUAUGAUGGCGCCUCCAGGGCACAGGGCCUCCAGGGAUAUGGAGCUCCAGGAGUAUCCGUCCCAGGGGUAGACCUGCCCAGCCAGGCCCCAGGAGGAGGGGGUAUGGCUGGGGAUGAGGCCUCUGACAGGGCCUCCUGCGAAGAGGCCGAAGAACAGGGCCAGUCCGAUGAAGACGAAGGAGGAAGGGGGGCCGAACGCAACAUCACCCCCCUCUCCGCCACGCCCAAGAGGCAGCACUCCGAUGACGAGGAGGACCAGGAGAUGGAUGAAGAUGACGGCGGAGAGGAUGGAAGGAUGGAGAUGGAAAGAGAAGACGACGACCUGGCCGGCGAUCGGAUGCCCAAGCAGAACCUGAACCAGACAGAGUCAUCUCCCCCACGAGACGCCCUUAGGUCCGGAGCCGGGUCCUCCUGUCUGAGCCCCCAGGGCCCCUUCCCUCCCCAUGCCCAGAACCAGCCUCCAUCCCUGGAGAAGCAGUGGCAGCAGGGCCUGGGCCUGCUCUCCUCUGGCGGAGUCCCCCCUGGGCUGCUGAAGCCCGAGCAGGCCCAUCUUGAGCAGCAGAUGAACAUGCUGUCUGUCCUGAGGGCCUACAGCUCCGACAACCUCGCAGCCUUCAACGGCCUGGGGAGCAGCUCCAACACUGUCGGAGGAGGCGCUGGGGCCAUGAAGAGGCCCGAUGCACCCGGUCAUGGUGGGGGCCAGAAGCCUUUCCAGUGCAGGUACUGCCCCUACGGUGCCUCUCAGAAGGGCAACCUGAAGACCCACGUUCUCUGUGUCCAUCGCAUGCCCUUUGACAACAGCCAGUACCCCGACCGGCGCUUCAAACGUUCCCGUGUCGAUGCGGAACCCUCCGGACCCUCGGAGGAUGGUCUUGGGACCAGCACUGUUACAAAACAUCAUACAUCUUACAGACGCAUGACCUCACCCGGGGACUUCAUCUCCGUGGAGACCACGCGUAACCAUGAGUGACAACACCAAGGUGUACUGUGUCUUUCUACAGAGUACCGCCUCGGAGAUGCCCAUUAGCCAAUCAGCAACGGCAGUGCACAUUCCUAGGAAGCACUACAUAAUUGUUACUCUAACAACUCUUGGCCAACAUACACACACACACAUCGGUGUAGUGUAUACUCUGGACGUUCCAUUACAAUGAUUCCUACAAGCUAGUUUCGACCAUAGGGAACAACAAUGGACCUGGAGUUGUGUUUUAGGGAACACCUCCAAUGCCCAUUACGCAAUGUUGAUAUACAUUCCGCAAUGUGUGCAUUAUGUGUACAUUUAAACGAUAAUUAUCUAAAUUUAUUAAGUUGGGGUUAAGGAACUGUCUACUGAGAUAAGAACUGUGAAUGCAUUCUAACUGAGACCAAUGGACAGGACCGCUAAGCAGGAUUUUAUAAAUAUUAACUAAGCAUAAACUUCUAAGUAUUGUAGCCGGUGGAGAGUACUGGAGAAGACUAAGAGAUUAAAAGAUCGAAAAUCAUUCAAGUGACUUUCCCCCCACAAAAUAAUGCUUUUAUAAGAAAAAUGAUCCUUAGGAACGAUUUAGCGACAGUUGGAGUAAGAUGGAGGAGGGCUGUUGAACGCACCCCUCAGAACAUGACACCGCCGACUGCCAUUUGCCCAGAGCGAGUGAUGAGUAUGGAGGAGAGGAAAGGAGUACGGUGUGUGUGU